GUCACUUUUACGACGGUACUGCGUUGACGGGCCCCGUCACCGUAGUCAGUGCCUUUUAAAAAUGGCUGCUCCCACAACUGGUAAAAUUAUUGACAUCGAUGUCGACCAAAGCGAAGCACAAGCGAACUUACAGUUCCAAGACUUCUCGGACACUCUGCAAGGCAGUGGCCAGCACGGUCGGCAAGCAGCGAAUCGAGCGUACACCAGUUUCUCGGACAUGAACGAUGACGACGACGAGAGUGACGAGCUGCUGAACAGAGAGAGAGGCGUCAGCGCACCAUCAUUCUGGAAGUUCAGCUACUACCAGAGCCUCUUUGACGUGACCACCGAUGAUGUGCUCAGGCGGCUGCUGUGGUCAGCUGUGCCCCAGUUCUCAAGCCCAUCCUAUCUCGAGAAGCACAUCAGGCCUAACCCUGACCUCUAUGGGCCCAUAUGGGUUGGCCUGACAUUGGUGGUGACCACAUCAGUGAGCAGCAAUGUGGCCAGCUACCUGGAGACAGCUGGCCAGACCAAGGACUUCUGGCACACUGACUACACCCGAGUGUCAUUUGCGUCAACAGCGAUAAUGGUGUACAUGUUCAUGGUGCCACUGGUGCUCUGGGCGAUGCUGAAGUAUCGCCAGGUUGAGUCCCGGUACUCCCUGCUGGAGACGCUCUGUCUUUAUGGCUACUCCCUGGCUGUCUAUGUGCCCAUCUCUAUCCUGUGGGCUGUGCACCUGACCUGGCUACGGUGGACAUUGGUGGUUGUGGGUGCUUCGCUGUCAGGCUGUGUCCUGGUCACCACACUGUGGCCUUCUUUCAGGGAAGACUCCCGCAAGAUGGCCUUCAUCACGUCUGCUGUUGUGUUUGCAUUGCAUGCAUUACUGGCUCUGGGCUUUGUGAAAUUCAAGAUGAAGACUGUGUUCACUUAUAAUGCCCAGUGUUCAUCACUCAAUUUAUAUGUCUGAAGUACUUCUUUCAACAUGAGAUUCUGCACAGUGUGCCAGCAACCCCACCACCCCUGGUUGUCUCAACAACAAGCAGUCGAGUCAUCAGAAAUGUAACAAAAGUGGUUUUGUCAAUGAACAACACACAUGUGUCAUGAUGCUGUGUUAUGUUGCAUUAAAACAUUGAAGCACCUUA